GAAGAACAUAAUAACAUAGUUACACAACACUAACAAUUAAUUAAACAAUUAAGUCGUAACAACCUUUUGCCUUUCAAUCCUUCUCAAAUUAUCCCAUGUCACAGGUAAAGUCUCCGGCCGCCGCAUUCCUCCUAUUCAUUACAAUUCUUCACCACUCAUCCACCGCUCCGACGGCGAAAGCGGAAAUCAGGCAUGGCAUCCCAAGAGAUCAGCUAAGGAAACGGAAUCCGGUAAAGGCAGCGGGGGGAGACCACGGCCACCACCUCCUCCCGGGCCUCUCCCUCUCGCUGCCCGAGCCGCCCUUCAUCCCGCUCUACAACUGGGCCCAGCACGAAUUCGUGCAGGCCCACAACGAGCUGCGCGCGAAGGUCGGGUCCCCGCCGCUGGGGUGGGACCCGACCCUCACGAAAUUCGCGCACGACUACGCCGUGAAGCGCAAGCAGGAUUGCGACUACCGGAUCCACUCGGGCGGGCCGUACGGGGAGAACCUGUUCUGGCAGCUGUACAAGGAGUCGAGCCCGAGGGAGGUGGUGGCGUCGUGGUUCGACGAGCAGCGGUUCUACGACCACGGGAAGAAGAGGUGUGUUUGUCACCCGGAGAGGGAAGGGUGUGAAUGCGGACAUUAUACGAAUGUGAUUUGGCAUAGCACCGAAAAAGUCGGGUGUAGCGGUUACGUUUAUUGUAACGGCCAGAAAGGCAUCCUCGUUGUUUGCUCCUACCAUCCCAGGGGCAAUAUUCUCGGCAAAAGUCCACUGCCAUAAUCUUUUUGUUUGAUUUGUACGAGUAAGUGUACCUUUUAAAGUAAUAAAUUCUCAAUGUAUUACACAGCAAAAUUUAGAAAAUGUUCCCCAAAAAAUGUAUAACACCAGCAAGUUUAUCUUAGAUUGAUGUAUGAAAGUUUGUCCACCGUAAUAGGUAUGACAUCAAUUAAC